AUGGAAGUGUCACUCAGUUUUCUCAUUUGCGAACUGCUCCAGGUCCAUGGCUUUUGUCACGACCGCGGCAUCCAAAUCUGUGCUGGCAGCCUUUGGGCUGCAGGGGCCAGUAUCUUCGACGAACUGCUCACCAAAGCCUCGUUGCUAACGCGUGUGCAGCGCUUCUUUGGCGCCCCCGGCGAGCUGUUUGUGCUCUUCUACGCGGGGCACGGCCGGCCGGGCACAGGCGACUGGAUUUUGCAGGAUGAGGAUGUUUCUCUCGCUGAUAUACUGCAUCUUUGGAAUCGAAGAUCUGGACACGGCGUCCUGCUGAUCAUCAGCGAUGCAUGUUACAGCGGAGCAUGGGUAAUGGAAGCCGCAAGGCUUCGUUCUUCAAAUGUUGUGGUACAAUCUUCCUGUGCCGCCCUGGAAAGGGCCUUGGACGGAGUCUUCAUCUCCCUGUGGCUCUUGGUGCAACGCUUGGAAGUUCAAGAAACCUAUGCCCUGAAGCAUUUGGAGUCCUUGGAUCGUCAUCCGUGUGUCUACGUGGCUCCUGAGCUGAAGCCCGGCCGAAAGCCGCUGCCCGCGCUGCCCGCCCUGGGGCCUGGAGCGGAUCCACCGGUCCUGUUGCAGUUGCAUAGCUGCCACAACCUGGGCCCAGAGAUAGCCGUGGCACCAGAGAUCAGCAGACCGCAUGGCUCUGCAAGGACUGGCGGUCUGCGCCGCCUCCACUUCGCCCACAACCACCACCGGGCGGUGCGCGGCCGUGCCGAGCAGCGGCGAGUGCGAGGGCUACAAGGUUCGCAGCUGUCAGGGCCAUAUCGAGAAGAAGGAGAACCAGAUCCAGCGCUCUUGGUAGAGCAGCUUGCUCAAAGCGACUCCAGGAAUGACGUGCUGAAUCUUUUGGAUGCGGCCUGUGUGGCUGCAGCCAAAGAAGAGCUCCGCCACGUUCUAAGCCACUUGAAGCUCCACGACACGCUGGGUGCCAUUCUGCUGCAAGCCGCUUCCACUGCAGAUGUGCAGGUGGCCCAAGCUGCCCUAUGCGGCCUGUGGAAUCUUUGUGGAACAUCCCGGGGUUCAUUGAGUUCGUUGGCCCCGUUGGCCACGAGUUGUGUGCCACACGCCUUGAAGGAUGUGGCCCACCUGACACCUGAGUGGUCCGCACGUGUGGCCUGGUUGAUGGCUGAAGAGCCCCGGUGCUGCGAGGCAUUGAGAGCCUGUGAUGUGGCCAGUGCCUUACGGCAGCACCUGCAGGGUGAUACGAAACGCUGGGUGCAGCGAGCUUUGGGACGGCUGGAGGAUGGCGGAAGCAAAAAAGGUCCUGUGUCUCACUCAGGGUCGAAGUGGUGA